AUGCCAGCCAGCACCACGCUUCUGCCUUCUCAGCGCCUCUGCGGCAUUGUGCAUGAAAUCCUUCGCCUGCUCUCGAGCGCGUCCCAAGCAGCCCUCGCCGGCGCCAUUGACACGACGAACGCGGUCGAGCUCUACAAGAAGCUGUUUGUGCUGCUGAGCUCAACCGCUGAGAACCUCGCAGAUGCCACGACACCGCUAGUGGCAGGUGUCACCGAGACACACGCGCAUCAUGAGCAAACUAACAGCACGAGUCCCCAACCAAGCUCGGGUCAUAAUGACCGCCUCGCGGCUCGAGGACAGCUGAUCGACCAGGUGGACAAGAUGAUUGCGUGGACACGGAAGGUCUGCCAGGAAGACGCCUCGACUGCCAACACCAGUGCAUUCAAAAGUGUUGUAGUCGAGUUGUCUGCAUCGACCAAGCGCGUCUUUGUGCUCGAGAAUGCACGUCUAGAGAAGGCCUACGUGUGCACAAACUGCGGACUCGCACUUGAUGCCGAGUGCGUUGCGUGCGAUCGGCCGCACUCGGGCACACAUGCCUGGUUCCAUCGCGCCUGUGUCAGCCUUGCACCUGGGCAGUUUGAGUGCAUGCCGUGGACAUGCUCGAAUGAAUGCGGCAACUCACAAGAAGACAUUGCAGGGCAGGAUUUGUACCCGGACGAGUCUGUUUCCAACGUCGUUUCAAGAGCAAUAGCAUCUCCGACCUGUCCCAGUUGCACUCUCGGCUGCAAAAAGCUCUGUCAAUCCCAAAUCAUUUGA